AGAAGAGACCGGGGUGAGAAGAUGAAAGCGGAAGCGUGGCCACUGAGUAGAUACUGCGCAUGCGUGAGGCUAGAGCAGGGGGCGGGGUCACGCGGGCCCGGGUCCUGGGCUGGGACCUCCAGAGCUCAGAGAUCUUCAUUCAGUUCAUCAUGAUCUAAGCCCAAAAAACAAAACAGACAAAACCUUGCUUAUAUUGACUGAAAUCGUUUGUUAAAAGUCAAUAUGGAAAAUGAACCAGACCAUGAAAAUGUGGAACAGAGCUUCUGUGCCAAGACUACUGAUGAAGAACUGAAUAAAUCUUUCAAUCUAGAAGCUUCACUUUCAAAAUUCUCCUACAUAGAUCUGGACAAGGAACUGGAGUUCAAAAAUGAUCUGAUUGAUGAUAAGGAAUUUGAUAUUCCUCAAGUUGAUACUCCUCCAACACUGGAAAGCAUACUAAAUGAAACUGAUGAUGAAGAUGAAUCUUUUGUUCUUGAAGAUCCCACGUUGUUAAACAUUGAUACUAUUGAUUCUCACUCCUAUGAUACUUCAUCUGUGGCAAGCUCCGAUAGUGGUGACAGGACCAACUUAAAAAGAAAGAAGAAAUUACCUGAUUCUUUUUCACUCCAUGGAUCAGUUAUGCGACAUUCACUUUUGAAGGGAAUUUCUGCCCAGAUAGUGUCUGCAGCUGACAAAGUAAAUGCUGGCUUGCCUACAGCAAUUGCAGUGUCCAGUCUGAUAGCAGUGGGUACAUCUCAUGGAUUGGCUUUAAUAUUUGGAAAAGAUCAGAAUCAAGCCUUGCGACUCUGUCUGGGUAGCACCAGUGUUGGAGGUCAGUAUGGAGCCAUCUCUGCCCUCAGUAUCAACAAUGACUGCUCAAGACUUCUCUGUGGCUUUGCUAAAGGACAGAUCACUAUGUGGGAUUUGGCCAGUGGAAAACUUCUAAGAUCAAUAACAGAUGCUCAUCCUCCAGGAACAGCAAUAUUGCAUAUUAAGUUUACAGAUGAUCCAACUCUUGCAAUUUGCAACGACAGCGGAGGUUCUGUUUUUGAAUUGACAUUUAAGAGAGUGAUGGGAGUGAGAACGUGUGAAUCUAGAUGCCUGUUCAGUGGUUCCAAGGGUGAAGUUUGCUGUAUUGAGCCUCUACAUUCUAAGCCCGAGUUGAAAGAUCAUCCCAUCACACAGUUUUCCUUAUUGGCCAUGGCAUCCUUAACAAAGAUACUGGUCAUUGGAUUGAAGCCAUCCUUAAAAGUGUGGAUGACUUUUCCUUAUGGACGGAUGGAUCCUUCCAGUGUUCCAUUGCUGGCCUGGCACUUUGUGGCAGUGCAUAAUUAUGUGAAUCCCAUGCUUGCCUUCUGCAGAGGAGAUGUUGUUCAUUUUCUAUUGGUUAAGAGAGAUGAAUCUGGAGCAAUACAUGUUACUAAGCAAAAGCAUCUUCACCUAUACUAUGACCUCAUCAACUUUACUUGGAUAAAUUCACGCACAAUUGUGCUCUUGGACAGUGUAGAGAAAUUGCAUGUGAUUGACAGGCAAACUCAAGAGGAAUUGGAAACAGUGGAGAUCUCAGAAGUUCAGUUGGUCUAUAAUAGCAGCCAUUUUAAAUCACUGGCCACUGGAGGAAAUGUGAGCCAGGCGCUGGCUUUGGUUGGCGAGAAGGCUUGCUAUCAAUCCAUAAGUAGCUAUGGUGGUCAGAUCUUUUAUUUGGGGACAAAAUCUGUUUAUGUGAUGAUGCUGAGGAGCUGGAGAGAGAGAGUGGAUCACCUCCUGAAACAAGACUGUCUCACAGAAGCCUUGGCUCUUGCAUGGUCUUUCCAUGAAGGAAAAGCAAAAGCAGUAGUGGGAUUAUCAGGGGAUGCUACUAAGCGAAAGGCUAUUGUUGCAGAUCGGAUGGUAGAAAUCCUAUUCCAUUAUGCAGAUCGAGCCUUAAAAAAGUGCCCAGACCAGGGAAAAAUCCAAGUGAUGGAGCAGCAUUUUCAGGAUAUGGUGCCUGUCAUAGUUGAUUACUGCCUUCUGCUACAGCGAAAGGAUCUUUUAUUUAGCCAGGUGUAUGACAAAUUAAGUGAGAAUUCAGUGGCCAAAGGAGUGUUUCUGGAGUGCCUUGAACCAUAUAUAUUAAGUGAUAAAUUGGUGGGGAUCACACCCCAGGUAAUGAAAGAUUUGCUUGUUCAUUUCCAAGAUAAAAAGUUAAUGGAAAAUGUGGAAGCCCUCAUUGUACAUAUGGAUAUCACCAGUCUGGAUAUACAGCAGAUGGUUCUCAUGUGUUGGGAGAAUCGGCUCUACGAUGCUAUGAUCUAUGUCUACAACAGAGGCAUGAAUGAAUUCAUAAGUCCAAUGGAGAAACUUUUCAGAGUCAUUGCUCCUCCUCUGAAUGCAGGGAAGACGCUAACAGAUGAGCAAGUUGUUAUGGGCAACAAGCUUCUUGUAUAUAUUAGCUGUUGCCUAGCAGGUCGUGCCUAUCCCCUUGGUGACAUCCCUGAAGAUCUUGUUCCCUUGGUUAAAAACCAGGUUUUUGAAUUUCUAAUUCGCCUGCAUUCAACAGAAGCUUCCUCUGAGGAAGAAAUCUAUCCCUAUGUUCGAACUUUGCUACAUUUUGACACAAGAGAAUUUCUAAAUGUAUUGGCACUGACUUUUGAAGAUUUUAAAAAUGAUAAGCAAGCUGUAGAAUAUCAACAACGUAUUGUGGAUAUUUUGUUGAAAGUUAUGGUGGAGAACUCAGAUUUUACUCCUUCACAAGUAGGGUGUCUCUUUACCUUCCUUGCCCGGCAGCUUGCAAAGCCUGACAAUACCUUAUUUGUAAACCGAACCCUUUUUGAUCAGGUCCUUGAAUUCCUCUGUAGUCCUGACGAUGACUCCCGACACUCUGAAAGACAGCAGGUCCUUUUAGAAUUGCUGCAGGCUGGAGGCAUAGUUCAAUUUGAAGAGAGUCGGCUCAUUCGUAUGGCAGAAAAAGCAGAGUUUUAUCAAAUUUGUGAAUUUAUGUAUGAACGAGAACACCAAUAUGACAAAAUUAUUGAUUGCUACUUACGUGACCCACUGAGGGAGGAAGAAGUCUUUAACUACAUUCACAAUAUCUUGUCCAUUCCUGGACACAGUGCAGAAGAGAAGCAGUCUGUAUGGCAGAAAGCAAUGGAUCAUAUUGAGGAACUUGUGUCCCUGAAGCCCUGUAAAGCUGCAGAGCUGGUUGCCACUCACUUUUCUGAACAGAUUGAAACAGUCAUUAAAAAACUUCAGAACCAGGUUUUGCUUUUCAAAUUUUUGAGGAGUCUUCUUGACCCAAGGGAAGGCGUUCAUGUAAAUCAAGAACUGCUGCAGGUAUCUCCCUGUAUCACAGAGCAGUACAUUGAACUCUUGUGUCAGUUCAGCCCAAACCAGGUUAUAGAGACGCUGCAGGUCCUUGAGUGCUACCGCCUAGAUGAAACUAUUCAGAUUUCCCAGAAAUAUCAGCUUCAUGAAGUCACUGCUUAUCUAUUAGAAAAGAAAGGUGAUAUUCAUGGUGCCUUCUUAAUAAUGCUAAAGAGACUACAAAGCAAACUUCAGGAGAUAAUCCAUCAAGAUGAAAAUGCCAAAGAUGUUCCCUCAUUGAAGGAUGUUGAAGAGACCAUGGUAGAGACAAUUGCCCUUUGCCAAAGGAAUUCACAUAAUUUGAAUCAGCAGCAAAGAGAGGCACUGUGGUUUCCAUUAUUAGAAGCAAUGAUGGCCCCACAGAAGCUGUCUAGUUCAGCUGCACCUCAUCUACACUCUGAAGCUCUGAAAUCUUUGACCAUGCAAGUUCUAAAUAGCAUGGCGGCAUUUAUUGCCCUUCCAUCAAUCUUGCAAAGAAUCUUACAGGAUCCAGUUUAUGGAAAAGGAAAACUUGGAGAAAUCCAGGGACUUAUUCUGGGAAUGUUGGAUACCUUUAACUAUGAACAGACCCUGCUGGAAACAACUACCAGCCUUCUAAACCAGGAUCUCCAUUGGUCAUUGUGUAACCUGAGAGCGUCGGUCACCAGAGGACUGAAUCCCAAGCAGGAUUACUGUUCUAUUUGUUUGCAGCAGUACAAGAGACGCCAGGAAAUGGCCGAUGAAAUCAUUGUCUUUAGCUGUGGCCAUUUGUAUCACUCAUUCUGUCUGCAAAACAAAGAGUGCACUGUAGAAAUUGAGGGUCAAACAAGAUGGACAUGCUACAAAUGCAGCUCAAGUAACAAAGUAGGAAAGUUAAGUGAAAAUUCAUCUGAAAUUAAAAAGGGAAGGAUAACCCCAUCACAGGUAAAAAUGUCCCCAUCCUGCCAUCCAUCCAAAGGGGAUCCCACCGUUAAGAAGGCCAUCUCAGAACCUGUUCUGGAUCCACAGCAAAUCCAAGCAUUCGAUCAGCUUUGUCAUCUCUACCGAGGAAGUUCCAGGCUGGCUCUCCUUACAGAGCUCUCCCAGAACCGCAGCGGCGAGAGCUGCAGGCCGUUUGGUGGCUCCCAGAGUGGCCCAGCCUUCAACAGCAUCUUCCAGAAGGAGAACUUCCAGUUGCAGCUCAUUCCUCCGCCUGUGACCGAGGACUGAAGCCUCUCCUGGGGCCGCGCCCUGCUGGCCUGCUCACCAGCCCGAGACUCCAUCUCUUCCUGAUGUUGCCGCAGCAUCAGCACCAGACUGGUUGAUUGUUUUGCCUCCUAAGCAAAUGAUUGUCACAUAUCUCCAUCCAGUUAUUUAAGAAAAUGUGUUUUGCCUUUUGGGAUGGUCUCAGUUUCCCCUGAAGCGUAGAGAAGAGGCGGAGCCCCCGCAGGCGGCGUUCCAAGCCUGUCACACCUGAUCUCCUCCAGCUGGUGGCCAACACUGAGGGCUGUCACCUCCUGCUGCCUUUGGGACCAGGACCAGCACAGUCGGGACUUGUGGGCACUGGGCUGCAGCACAGCUGAAACCUGCGUUGGAGGCAGGGAAAGGCCUGAGGGGGCUGGGGCACCUCCCUUUCUGUGUGUUUAUGCUAAACCCGUUUGAGUGUAAGACGUGCCGUGUCCAACAAUACAUGCCUCCUGUUAAGCCCUGCAGGACUGCUGGCUGUCUCGCUAUCAAGUCAUAAAGGACGUUGAGAACCCUGUCGCACAUCAGUUCUAUUGCUCACAAUCAAGACCCCUGCUUUUCUUCAAUGAGCAGCUGCAUCACAGGCUCCAUCCAGAGCACCCCCACCCAGGCCCUCCCCUGACAGGGACUAUGCUACCAGAGCAGUGUUUGUACAAUUUCUUAGCCCAGGGAGUACAUAUAUUUUAGAACCAAUCACAGGAGCUCACACACAUGCAGAGACCAGGUGUCCACCUCGCAGGCUCAGCUGCUCCCUUUGCAGUUCACUCAGGCUGCCCAGCCUCCUCAGACCACCUGUGAGGACGAGCCCACCGGGCAGCUCCAGGCCUGAAACCUGCACUUAACAGCCCAGGAACUAGCAAGCACCUUCUAGGGGCCAGGCCCCAUGGUGGGUGCUUCACGUGUGUCACUGCUAACCUUCCAGAACAACUCACAGGAAACAGAUGUAUAAACUAGAUACAAUCUUAUUUUUUUAAUGCGUAAAGUUGCCAGGUCAAGGAUCGAACCUGUGCCAUAGCUGUGACAACAGUGAAUCCUUUAACCACCAGGCCACCAAGGAACUCCCUAGAUCCAACUUUUAAUAGAAGAUAAAUCUUGCUUCUGCCACAUCCAGGCUGUGAUCCCAAGCAAGUCACUUGACCUCUCUCAGCUUUAGAUUUUUUUAUAAAAUACAGCAAAAACUAAAUGAGCCAGGACCUGUGAACACACAGUGCUAUUGCAGGCAUGUGGCAAACACCCCAGAAAUGUUAACUCAGCUCUUAGCACAGAACUCCUGCCAACAGUGGCACAGGCUGCCAUCUCCUGACCAAGACAUGAGGAGGCCACACUGGGAGACAUGGUCAAGUGUUAACUGAGCACCAAUUGGAUGCCUGUCGCAGCCAUAUGCGAGUCUUAACCCCAUUCUACAGAUGAGAAAGCUGAGGCUCACACUGGGGGGAUAAUUUAACCAAGGUGACACACAAGAAGUGGCAAUGGGAGUUCCCAUUGUGGCUCAGCAGAAACUAAUCUAACUAGGAACCAUGAGAUUUCAGGUUCUAUCUCUGGCCUCACUCGGUGGGUUAAGGAUCCGGUGUUGCUGUGAGUUGUGGUGUAGGUUGAAAGACAUGGCUCGGAUCUGGCGUUGCUGUGGUGUAGGCCAGCAGCUGCAGCUCCCAUUCAGCCUCUAGCCUGGCAACCUCCAUAUGCCUCAGGUUCGGCUCUAAAAAGCAAGGAAAAAAAAAAAAAAAAAAAAAGGUGGCAAAGCACAAAUUUGAACUGAUCCCAGAGCCAGUGAUGCCACCUCCCUAAAUUCUGUACCAGAAUAUUUCUUGACAAAUCUAAAGGCCAAAGGGGUUCGAUAGUCUCAAAACGUGGAGGUUGCCUGCUCUCCUUCAGCCCAUAAAGAGCCAAGGCAGUUUACAGGGCACCUGAGCCCUGCUCAAAAGAGGGCCGGUAAACACCAGCAAAGCACUCUCCUGCAGCCCCCUGCCCAGUUUAUCGUCCCCAAGAGUUCUUUAACUUGUCAUUCCAGUCACAGCACUAUUGCAUAAAUGACAGCAGCUGCAUAUCCAGGUCAUGCCUUCUGGAUUGGAUUUGACGAGCCCUCUUGUCUCAUCUAAGGGUGGCUGAGAAACCGACUCCAGGGCUGGGCAGUGCUGGGCCCAGUCCCUGUCCACCCCCACCUCGUGGCACUUAGUCCAUGUUCUACUCUGCAGGGACGUCAGGUCCCACUUCUGAAGGGGAGAGACGUCUCUGGAAAUACACCCAGGCUGUCAGCAGCAGCAGUUCUGCUGACAUGGCCAUGGGAGCUCACUGGGGGCAGAGGGGAGGGUGUCCUCCCAGGAUUGAGGCGCAGCAGCUCUGAGCAUGCUCCAGCCCCAGCUGAGCUCCAGCUGCAAUUCCAGGUCACAUGCCCACCCUUAGGCUUGGACAGGUGGUAAGAGGAAGGAGCUGGGAAAGGGGAGGUCCAGACACCCAUCAGCUACCACUUGGGGAGGGCAGGUACCCUGGUCUGAGCAGGCUCCUCCUGUGCUGCCCCCGUGGGGGCGGGAGAGGUGGUCCUUGGAAAGGAUCUCAGGGUCCUCAGAGGAGAGGGGAGGGAUUCUGAUUGGCCAAAAUGCAACUUGUCCAUCACAGUCUGUUUCUCCUUUAACCGGUAAACAGAACCAUCUGAAAAUGGUUACUCAGCUCCCAGCUUCAGCUGAGCAUCCUCCUUCCUGAUGUGGGGGUGGGGAUGGAAUCUUGCCCAGUUCUCCACAGAAGGCAAAACUGACUGCUGGGAAAGGCCAUGGGCUGCUGGUCAGGAGCCCCAGUUUCUAGGCACAGCCCCCCACAGGCUCAUGUGUGAGCUGAGGAAGCCUGUUAACUCUCCUCAAGAUGCAUCUGCUCCGUCCAUAGCAAAGGUCCAAGUGACGCGGGGUAAUGGGUUACCAACCAGAGCCUACCAGAGUAGGAGGUGGAGGGGAAGGUGUUUUUGGGAGAGGAAAGCCAUCAGGGGCCUCAUCAAUGAUGAAUGCAUCAGUGAAUAAAUAAUUCAGAUCUUUGGGGAUCCUUUUAGAAACAGUAUGUUUCCACUCAGUUCUGCCUGAUGAAAAUGUUUUUCCAAAGGUACAUCUCACCCAUCAGAUGCCUGCCAUGCACCCAGGGCUGCAGGAAAAACCUAGUGUACUGGGGGAGGGGGGCUCCAGUUCAUCUCAGGAGCCCCCUUGUCGGGGGUAUCCAUGGCUGUCUGCCACCAGCCUCCUCCACACCCCAGGAUGCUAUGAAGCCUUCUCCACUUCCCCAGGAAAGUGGCAGUUUGACUCACCUUGUUUCCGUGCUGGGGUGUUUUCCUGUCUGCAUCACUCCUGAAGGCAUGACUAUGUCCAGUGCACUCCUGUGUCUCCCACAGCACAGUCAGUGCUGAGAACAGCCAGCUGCCAGCAUCUUCUAAGUCUUUUUAAAGUAAACCUUUUAUACACAGAAAUGUUCUCAAACCGCAUGUGCAAAGCUGGGUUAAUUCACAAAGUGAACACACCUAUGUAACCUGCGCCCAGAUCAGGCAAAUAGAAAUGACUGUACCCCUGACGUCCCCUGAACUCUGUUCACCACCCACACACCCUACAAGUUAACCAACAUCCUGACUCCUAAAAGCACGGUUUUCGCCUGUUUUGAACUUCAUAUAAAUAAAAUCCACUACUUACUCUUGGAA